AAUCAAUUGAUGAGCAGCUUUCUUGAGUCGUCAACUUCAUGCAAUUCAAUGCACUUAAAUCCUUCGUCCAAAAAAAAAAUGCACUUAAAAUCCAAUUCAAAUUCCUAUAAAUCCCCCAAAUUAACCGCCUCUCUACUCCCACUACUCCCACUACUCACCUCUCUUCCAACUGCCAUCAACUCCCUCACAUCUCUCUCUCUCUCUCUCGCGGCCAAGAGGAAAUGGCAUUAACGAUGAGUAGCCAUAGCACUCUCGGUGUGACCUCGCUUCUCUUCAUGGUGUUCCACAUUGCCAUCAUCAUCAGCUCGCAAUCAGCCGCAAUUGCCGUGGCCACGGCCGAGUAUGACGUCAUCUCUCUCGGGGCCAGGCCCGACGGCAUCACAGACUCGACGCAGGCCUUCGUGGGCGCGUGGCUCAACGCUUGCGGCUCCGAGAGGCCGGCCACAAUCAGUGUGCCGACAGGGCGGUUCCUAGUGGGAGAGGCCACCUUCAGCGGGCCGUGCAAGAAUAACGCCGUCCGGUGGCGGAUCCAAGGGGUCAUCACGGCUCCCGCAGAUUACAACGUGCUCGGGAAUGCCUGGACGUGGCUCUUAUUCCAACACGUGGACGGCAUGUCCAUCUCCGGCGGGGUCCUCGACGGGCAAGGCGCCGCUCUGUGGGCUUGCAAAGCCUCCGGCAAGAAUUGCCCCACUGGAGCCACGACAAUACUCUUCAGCAACUCAAGGAACAUUGCGGUGAGCAAACUGAUGUCGCUCAACAGUCAGCUGUUUCAUAUUGUCAUCUACGAAUGCCAAAACGUGAGGCUGCAAGGAGUGAAGGUUUUCGCCUCCGGCGACAGCCCGAACACGGACGGCGUUCACAUCCAAUUUUCUUCCGGCAUCACGAUCAUGAACUCGAGAAUCGGAACCGGCGAUGACUGCGUCUCGGUCGGCGCCGGCACCACAAACCUCUGGAUCGAAAACGUUGCGUGCGGCCCAGGCCACGGAAUCAGCAUUGGGAGCCUAGGGAAGGACCUUGAGGAGGCAGGGGUUGAGAACGUGACCGUCAAGAACGUUGUGUUCGGAGGGACACAAAACGGGCUGAGGAUCAAAUCUUGGGGCAGACCCAGCACCGGAUUUGCCAAGAACAUCCUCUUCCAACAUGCCAUCAUGUCCGACGUUAAAAACCCGAUCGUCAUCGACCAGAAUUACUGCCCCAACAGUAUAAAUUGUCCUGGUCAGUUUUCGGGCGUGAAAAUUAGCGACGUGACGUACCACGACAUUCAUGGGACGUCGGCGACAGAAGUGGCCGUCAAAUUCGACUGCAGUCCGAAGAACCCUUGCACAGGAAUAAGAUUAGAAGAUGUGAAGCUCACCUACAAGAACGAUCAACGACCGGCUCAAGCUUCCUGUGUUAAUGCUGGUGGGCUGGCCUUUGGCCUGGUCCAACCCUCCAGUUGCUUAUAGUGCAAAACAUUGAACAUGAUCAAUCUGAGUGUUGUAAUAUAUGUACUGUGGAGAAGUAGAAAUAUAUAGUGGUAAUAGAUUGCAUGUAUCUUGUGAAUAUUGCUUGAGCAUGUGGCUGUUUCCCACCUUGAUUAUGAAAAGGCCGGUCUGAAGCCUGGCCUUGCAAUGUUAGCUUUGUACUAAUUGUUUGCCGUAUUCAACUGAUCGAUGAAAUACACAAGGGUUUAAGUAA